CGGGGACGAUACCCUAGUUCGCAACUAAAAGCAGAGGACGGCGUCUGUGGAAAAUUAUUCUAUGCGCAUGACUCUUUGGCAGCAAAAAGUUCAGCCUUCACAAGGCCACUCUGCAUCAACCUAACAAAUACUACACCGUGCUACUGAAGGGAAAAAUGCAAAAGCUAGUUAGGUUCUCUUCAAACAUGCACACAUCAUGCAUUGCAUGGGAAUGCUCCAUUUUCCUCUCGGGCGGCAAACCGGCCGCAGCUCCCUAGCACGCACACUCCAAUACUCCAUGCUAGCUAGCUCCUUGAGAUGAAGAGUGUCUUUGCUUGUUCCAAGAAGUAGCUACUAGCCAUAGAAUCGCCGGGAAUCAUAAUGGCCGAGGUGGCGUUCGAUGCCGUCAAGUUGGUGGUGAACUUCAUCCGCGAAGAGGCCCGGCUGCAAGGCAGAGCCGGCGACGACGUGCGGUUCAUCAUGGACGAGAUGGAGAGCAUGAACAAUUUGCUCCACCAGCUCGUGUCGAUGAACAAGCCCAAUAAUCAUGACACCGGCAGCGGCGGCGGCGAAUACAGCCACCUCCGCACGUGGAUGAAGCAGCUGCUGGAGCUCGCCUUCGACUCGAAGAACUCCGUCGAGCUCUACAUUCAGGCCGGCGACAGCCACUGCUGUUGGCUGCCCUGGGCAAUGGUAGCUCGCCACCAUGUUGUGUCCCGGAUCCACGAGCUCAAGGAGCGGGCGCGCGAUAUCAGCGAGCGCCAAGGGAGGUAUGGCGGCGGUCUUUUGCUUGCCCAGCGUCAAGAUGGCAACGUCGGCGAUCGCACUGCUGUGCUGUCCAACUCCAACCAGGUGCAGAGGCGCGCCCAUGCAGGCAGCAGCAGUGUUGUCCGAAGCGUCAUACUCGACCGCGAGUUUGUCGACAACAGCAGAGUGGAUGAUGCUCUCUUGCGGCUCAAGGUGCUGAGGAGCUCUGACGAAGACGGCGGCGGCGAGUCCUCUGACGACGACGAAGGCGGCGACGAGUCCUCUGACGGCGACCUCGACUCUGACGGCGACAAGCAGCAGCAGCCGGACGGCAGCGACAAUCCGCAGAAGCUGACGCAAAUGGACGCCGGCGACAUGAAGCAGCAGUCGGUCGACGUCGGCGAAAAGCAGCAGCAGCAACCGGACGGCAGCGACAAUCAGCAGAAGCCGACGCAACUGGACACCGGCGACAUGAAGCAGCAGUCGGACGUCGACGGCGACAAGCAGCAGCAGCAGCAGCCGGACGGCAGCGACAAUCCGCAGAAGCCGACGCAACUGGACGCCGGCGACAUGAAGCAGCAGUCGGACGUCGACGGCGACAAGCAGCAGCAGCAGCAGCAGCCGGACGGCAGCGACAAUCAGCAGAAGCCGACGCAACUGGACGGCCGCGACAAGAAACGGCAGUCGGAGGCCAGAAACAAUCUGCAGAAGCAGAUGCAAUUGGACGCCGGCGACAAGCAGCAGCACCCAACGCUAUCGGACGCCGGCGGCAAGAAGCAGCAGCAGCAACCACAACUUGAUGUCAGCGACAAGCAGCUGCAGUCGGACGGCAGCGACAAGCCGAAGCUGCCGCCGUCGCAGCAGCAGCCACAAUUGGAUGUCAGCGACAAGCAGCUGCAGUCGGACAGCACCGACAAGCUGCAGCAGGAGGAGAAGCAGGAGCAGCAGCAAUCGACGCAGUUGGAUGGCAGUGGCAAGAAGAAGAACAAGAAGAAGAAGAAGAAGAAAAAGAAGAAGAAGGAGAAGGAGAAGCAGGAGCAGAAGCAGCAGGGUAUUAAAGUGGUUGCAAUCCGUGUGCGAGACGGCACGGAUGAAGCUGCUGUCGGAGAGACCGUGCUCAAACGUUACAACAGUCUCAAAUACACGGACAAGCUAGUCUCUCACUGGAAUUACGAGGAACAGGCGGCGCUCCACAUCUCCGUCCGACGGCCUCCCAUUCUCCCGGAGAUCAAAGUGCACAUAGCUAAUCAGGCUAAGAAGCAGAGGCAGAUAGCGGAGGCCUCCCGGUACCCAUAUGGUUAUCCUGGAAAUUCCCAGGCUGUUUCUGUUGCUGGGGACGACGAGGAGUUCAAGGACGAGAAGCAGGCCGAGGAGUUUAUGAGCAAGACUUAUGGUUCAAGUUCAAGACAGCUGCUUGUUCUUUCCGGUUUGAGUUGCCCCAAGAUAUUGGACGACCUCAAAAGUUUUUUGUGCGGAUUAGGUAAGGGCUCCCAUAAGUUUGCAAUAGUACUCUGCACAAACGACAAUGCUGCGGCAAAAGAUUGCUCUUACCCUGCCACAGAUAACGAGCCUCCGAUAACCUACUCUCUAGUUGAUAUUUACUUGGAGAGAGCGGUCGCCCUGCUUCCGAGCAGCUACAAAGGUGACAUGCCCGAUGACAUGUCGCUGACGCUAACUGUGCGUGGAAUUCUUGAGAAGUGCAGAAUGGAUGAGGUUUGCAUGAAGAUGAUCCUCCAUGCCCUCUACUACAAUCCUGACAUGGCGAAGAAAGAAAUGGAGCGCCUCAAGGACAGCCUUGUUGGCACAGGUCACCAAGAGAAAGAGAACCGAAUAAUCACCUUCUGCUACCAAACACUGCCAAACGAUUACAAGAAUUGCUUAUGGUAUUCAGCUGUUUUCACCCGCGGAAUCAACGCACCUGGCCGCGUUCGGAGGGCAAGUUUACUAAGAAGGUGGGUUGCCCAAGGCUUGAUAGCAGAGGAUAAAGCCAGCGACUGUUUCGAUGCCUUGGUCGAACUGAAGUUUAUUAAUUCUCACCAAGUCAGUGGCAUGGGCAAGGUAAAGAGCUGCGGCGUGCAUACUUUGGUUGAUGACUUGAUUACAAGGGAGUCUCCCACAGUUGAGGAUCUAUUGCUCAACAACCAGUUGCCAAUUGAUAACUUGGAUCUCCCCUACUCAAUCCGGAAUGGUAUGAAGCUUCAUCCGGCUAGCUCUAGUAUCACAAGCUUCUUGAAUUCAUUGUCCAGCAAUUCAAUGUUGCUCCUGACAGUGCUGGAUUUGGAAGCUCGCAAGGACCUCGAGUCCAAAGACCUUUGUACCAUAUGCAAGAUUCGCAAACUCAAGUAUCUAAGUCUCCGGAACACAAAUGUUGCCCAUCUGCCCAAGCAAAUAGGUCAGCUGGAGAAUCUGGAGACCCUUGACAUACGAGGAACAAAGGUACUGGUGUUCAACGCGGUGCUGCCAAACCUGAAGCAUCUGCUUGCUGGUCGCAUUAUCGACUGCCAAGACACAUCAGACAUUAUCAAGUCCAAGGAAUCAUUCUCCACGGUGUGCAUGCCUCGUGCUGUUGAAACCAUGGAAAAGCUCGAGAUAUUGUCCCGUGUCAAAGUUACCGACAGUGCUAAAGAGCUGAUCAACAUUGGUGACAAACUUGAGCACCUAAAGAAGCUGGGUGUGGUUCUAUCUGGCAAGAAAGCUAGCUUGAAUGAUCUGUUCCUUCAGAUUGAGAAACUCAACCAAUGCCUUCUGUCCUUGUCAAUCCGGAUGGAACCACCAGGUAAUUGGGAUGCUGCUGAUAUUAUUUUACUGAGACCUCCGAAGCACCUGGAGAGCCUUCACAUCUGCAGCAUCAGAAGGGGGCUGCCUCCUAGGAUCAAGGAGCUCCAUCACCUUGCCAAGAUAACUCUCCGGGAUACUUUUCUGAAGCAGGAUGGUCUCAGAGUACUUGGUAUGCUUCCUAAACUGCGCUAUCUCGGGCUCUUUUACCAUUCAUUCGAAGAAGGCACUAUCACCUUUGGGGAGUUCGGUAGGGGUUGGAUCUUCAUGAAUUUCGAGAAUCCGAUCUUCAACAAUCUCACAGAUAUUGCCAUUGAAGAUGAUACUAUCACCAGCGUCACCUUAAAAAUACUCCCUAAGCUUGAAAAGAUGACUUGGUCUUUCAAAUACAUGGAGUCGCUUUCAGGGGUCCAAAAUCUCCCAAGUCUAACACACCUCGUACUCAAUGGAGGAUCACACAAUGAGGAGGGACUGCAGAAACUGCAAAGAGAUAUUGAUAGAAACUGUAACCGUAAUGGUAUUAAUUUCAAAAUCAAUGCACCUCAGCGUGGUGAAUAAUCUACAGUUGUCGGUCCUGCUCCUUGAUAAUGCUGCUCCUGCUCCUGCUACUUUUAAAGUAUUUCUACUUCAAGUGCUGCUGCUUCUUCUUCUGCUACUACCUCUAAUAUGGAAUAAAGAUGAACAGUUGUAGCUUCAACUCCUUGAUAAUACUACUCCUGUUACUUCUGAAGUAUUUCUGCAACUGCUACCUUUCCUACCGAAGAUGAAGAGUUGGUGGUGUUGCUCGUUCAUGCUGCUGCUCCUCCUGCUACUUCCGAAGUAUUUCUACUUAUGUUGCUUCUACUAUAUCUAUUGAAUAAAGAUGACGAAGGGCCCUUCAAGUUCUUCAUCUUCCUUGUGUUAAUUGUUAGACCACUAUCCUAUACGUAUUCAGCUUGUCUGUGUUUGUGUUGGAAUGCUGUUUGGAAUGUAUAUGUCUCCAUCUCAAACUGGCAUGGUUUUGGCUUAAUUUCUUGUUCCAUUUGUCAGCAAUGCUUUUGAAUGAAUUCUUUAUUUGUGCGUU